AUGCAGACACGACAGUUUCAACAAUUAAUCGAUCUACAUUCGAUUCUUCAGAAUGAACAACAUGAUCGAAUUACGAUCCUUAUUUCAGGUAAACAGUUCGUCAUACAAAAUCAGCAAUUGAAAAACUUUCCAAAUACAUUGUUGGGUGAUGAGCUGAAACGACGUCUAUUCUACGAUGAAUCUUCCAACGUGUAUCGAUUCGAUCGUCAUCCAUCUAUAUUUGAAUCAAUACUCUAUUACUAUUUGAAUCCCGGCAUGCUCAUGCGGCCACCACAUAUCGAACCGGAACUUUUCUAUGAAGAACUUCGGUUUUGGCAAAUCGAUGAACGUCUCAGUGAAGUAUUCAUCGAAGAAGACAUGACACCUUUAGAUGAUAUUCGUUUAUUGCCAACUGAAACAUGGCGUUGUUUAAUUUGGAAAACACUUACUUACCCAAGCAGUAUUGCUUUUCCUUACGGUGAUUUGAUUACUGGCCUGUCGAUACUAUUGACUAUUCUAUCCUGUGUACCGUUUCUCAGCGAGAUCAUUCCGACCGUUACUGAGCUGGCCCAAUUCCAAGAAAUACUUGGCGUCAAUCAAAUACAUUUUCCGUUGUACAUGCGUCCAUCUUAUAUCAUCGAGAUUGUCUGCAUUUUCGCAUUUACCAUUGAACUCGCCCUACGAAUCAUUUCUGCACCGAUAUUUUCACUCAUUCUCUACGAUGUUUCAAACUUUCUUGAUCUCAUAAUAAUCUUGUCGAGUGCAGUAUGUUUGAUUAGUUAUCAUUUACAUAAUAUUGGCUAUAUCAACAAUUUCCUUUCGUUCUACUAUUGGUUACUAAUUUUGAAAUCAUUUCGCAUCUACCGAUUAACUCGACAUAUGUCGCAUCUACGUUUACUAUACAAAGCCAUUGCUAUGAGUUUAAAUGAACUCUCCUCGUUGAUUAUAUCUGUGACAUUCUGUAUGUUAUUGUUCGGAACGAUGAUUUAUAUCAUUGAUAAUUCCAAUCCGGAAUCGAAUACCAGAAACAUUCUCGAUGGAUUUUGGUUGGCUUUCAUUACACUAACGACAUUAGGCUAUGGAGAUGUAUAUCCACGAUCCUUCGAAGCUCGAUUAGCUGCCAGUGUUUGUGCAUUGACUGGUAUUAUUGUAUUUAGCAUGCCAACGACGAUUGUCUUUACGAAAUAUUCAAGUCUAAUACAAAAUCGUUGGAAACAACAUCGUAGUAUUCGAUAUAUGACAGGAACAUAA